AUGACACGUGCUUUUGGUCAUGCAACAUCGAUUUUUGUUACUUUUCUCUUCUACAUUAACACAUUACUUUCAUCAUCAUCAUCAUCAUCGACGAAUACAAAAUUGCUCUUUUACACAACUGAAAUAGUUGAAAUGGGCCAGGAACAGUCCUCAACACGUGCUAGUCAUCGUCACAAUGUAUCUAAUAUACUACCAGCUAGACAUCAACGGGUUGAGUGGAUGUGGAAAGCGAACAUAGAUCCUUUCUCGAACUUUCAACCGGCAGAAUGGCACUCGUACUCCGAUGUAGAAAUGGCCAUUAUCGAAGAAGCAUUUGAAAAACAACUAUCGGAAGCAUUACUCGACGAUUAUCACAUUGAUUUUCAACAUGUCAUCCAAAUAUCGAACAAUAAUGUCAAUAAUCAACGACCUGUCAAGCGAAUAGUCAAUGAACGUGGAGAAGAAAGAUUAAGAGAAGAACGCUUUACGAAUAAUCCUAUUGCACCAUCCGGAUCCUUCACAGACACUAGUUCUUUGUACUUCGCCCGUGCAGUUCGAGAGCACUUCGAAUUCACUGCUUCUUCAUUCAAUGAUGUUCAACGUCGAAUAUUGAUUGAAAAAGCAGCUGAAGGUCUCAUCGUCGAAGGAAAGAAAGUUGGCAAACAGCAGGAAGGUUUAUGGCUAAGCCAACAACUACUCAACGUCAAAGAGAGGACUGAAAAAGAAGUCUAUGAGUGUUGUGCUCGUCUCUAUUGCAUGGAAUCAUUUCUCUACAAGAAAUUAAAUGAAUGGAUGCGUCUUGUUGGUGAUCCUCAGUAUGAACAAGUAUGGAAAAAUCCAACUAAAACUAUUGAGGAUCUUAAAAAAAUGAUACAAAAAAAGAAGGAUAUAUCAGCUGAUCAACAACGAAUCAUUUUUGCUGGAAAACAAUUAGAAGAUGGAGCAACACUAAGUCAUUAUGGAAUACAUAAUGGAGUUACAUUACACUUAGUUUCACGUAUGCGUGUUGAAGCUCCAUCUACGCUAGAUCUUUCAAGUCUCGAUCCACAAUAUGAUUACGAUUUUACAAAUGUACAAGAUCACGAGCGUAAAUUUCGACGAGGUGGACUCGAUUAUGUUCGUCCUUGCGGCUGGAAACGCUUUGCCAUUAAAGUAACAGAUAAAUAUGAAAAUUCGGUAUGGCUUGGUCACCAGAACACCGAAGGGGAAUGGCCUGCCUCUUAUCAUGGAACUGGUCUCAAUGAAAACAAAACGAUGGCGACGGAUGGCUACAAUUUAACGAAAGGUAAAAGAUAUGUCUUUGGACAUGGCGUUUAUUCAACUCCUGACGUAAAUGUAGCAGAAAAAUAUGCAGUCAAAUUUUCACAUGAAGGAAAUCAAUAUUUGCUUAUAUUACAAAAUCGUGUGAACCCUGAACAAUUAGUAAAAUUGUCGGCUGCUGAAACUGGCAUUGGUGAUUACUGGAUUAGUCCUAGUGACAAAUAUAUCCGUCCAUAUGGAAUUCUAAUUCGAAAAGUUUAA